GCGCAGUGAGGCCGGGUCACACUUGGGUGCAGCUCCGCUAGAGAAGGAAGCAGAGUUUCCGGCUGUUUGCAGCGGAGCAGGAGGAUUGCUGACGCCGCGAAACCCCGAGAAAAACGCCACCGGCUCGGGGGGCUAGUAGUUUCAAGCUUCGGUUGUGACUCUUUUUUUCUUACCAGGGGACCUGGGGGCAGAUACAUUUUCUACGGAACAGGGGGGACCUGAGCAACAAGCCAAGCGAAGAAGCUGCACAAGGCGGAGGUUAGCUACCAGCUACCGGCAUGGCUAGGGACUACGAUUACCUCUUCAAGCUGCUCAUCAUCGGUGACAGCGGAGUGGGAAAGAGCAGUCUCCUUUUGCGCUUCGCAGACAACACAUUUUCAGGUAGCUACAUCACCACGAUAGGUGUGGACUUCAAGAUCCGGACGGUGGAGAUAAACGGCGAGAAGGUGAAGCUGCAGAUCUGGGACACGGCGGGCCAGGAACGCUUUCGCACCAUCACCUCCACAUAUUACAGAGGAACGCACGGGGUCAUAGUGGUCUACGACGUCACGAGCGCCGAGUCCUUCGUCAACGUCAAACGAUGGUUGCAUGAAAUCAACCAGAACUGUGACGAUGUUUGCCGAAUAUUAGUGGGAAACAAGAACGACGACCCCAGCUCAAAGGUGGUCGAGACGACCGACGCGCAGAAGUUUGCGGAACAGAUGGGAAUCAGCCUGUUUGAGACGAGCGCGAAAGAAAAUAUCAACGUUGAAGAGAUGUUCAACUGCAUCACAGAGCUGGUGCUAAAAGCCAAGAAGGAGGUUCUAGCCAAGCAGCAGCAGCAGCAACAGAACGACGUGGUCAAACUCACCCGGAACAGUAAACGGAAGAAAAAGUGCUGCUAGCGAAAGCGAGCGGUGAACGGCUGGAGGCAUCUCCUCUCCACACACUCACACACCACACCAUGGGACUCAGAGCAUCUAAAUUAAAGAGCAGAUAAAGAUUUAAUGAAUAUACAGUAAAAAAAAAGAAAUAAAAAUAAAAUAAAUGGAAAUAUUGUCCCCUUUGGACAAACUAAUCAUGAAGACUUUAAAAAACAGAAAAGGAAAAAAAAAAAAAAAGAAUUUGUACAGAUUUUUAUGAAACGUCAGAUCAGGUUUUAUUUGGAAGGCAUCAGAUAAGCACUGUUUGACCUGAGCUGCUCGUUUUCGGUGAAGAAUCUGAAGCCGACGUCUGACGGACACAGAGCUCAUAUUUCCGUCUGCGUACUCCGCCCCCCGUCUUACCCUCCUAUCAGUAUCUCAUCUCUCCUUCCCGUUCCGCCGCACACAGGACGCUCCGGGCUGAGGCCGGCUCCGCACCUGAGGGGGGGAGGACUCGUUUCCUUUAGACUUUUCCAUUUAAUUAGUUUUUUUUUCUUCCCCGUGGGCGGAGCGAGGACUUUGCUCAUGGCUGCGAAAGAAAGAACUCCUCAUGUGUUUAAAAGUGCGUACAUUUCAUCCACCCGCAUGGCCAACAGAUCAUGAACUUCUCAGUUUCGUUGUCGGGGGAAACGAGCCCAACGAUGAAGUCGAUUAGCACGUUUAGCAGUUAACCUAAAGGACUGAACUGGUGUUUUCUCAUGUUUUUUUCUCUCUCUGUAUUUUGCCAAGCUUCCCCUUCCUUAAUCACCUAACUUCCAGUAGCGCUGAGCCAAUGUUAACUGAUCUCAUGUUUUCCGUUCUUCCUCUUCUUCUUCUUCUUUGUUGCUGCCGCCAGCCUUGUGUUCCCUCAUCACCCACAUAUCAGCACCUCGCGGCAACUAACUCAUCGUCUGCAAGAAGAAACCCGCCAUCGCUGUGUCCUCUCCUCCAGACCGGAAUGGGGUUCCUCUUGCUUUCUUUCUGUUCUGUUUUAAUUUAAUUUUGUUUUUUUUAUUAUUUUUUUGGACAUGUAACUCUUUGUUUUGCAGAUGUUUUAUUUUUUUUGGUAAAAGCUAACGAGAACUGACUGUGUUCUCGCCAUCAACAGUGAUUAAUGUCAUGUUUUGAUCUCCAUCACCAGCCCUCCCCCUCCCUCCUUCUCAACCUGUUCGAGUGUUAGCAGUCAGUUUUCGGUGUCCAUGGCGACAACAUGGCAGAACGAGUGGCAGCACUGGAUCCCCUGCGUCUGGACCUGACUCAUGUUUUCCCAUCAGCAUCUAUUACUGACAUUUAUUGUUAUUGGUUUUUUGUUUUUGGUUUUUAAUUGGGAGAGCUUUACUGCAGAUGGAGGAGGAGGAAAUACUCUGAGCGGGUUCUGGUGGGUUCACGCCAACAGGUAUCAGAAAGCCCACACUUUGAUUUCUCUCUACCGUGUGUAUGUAGUGCACACAUGGUGUAUAGUGUAUAUAUACAAAUGUGUGUUUAUAUUCAAUAUAGAAGAUACACACAUGAUUGGCGCACCAAAUCGUGCAUGUGCUGCACAUGCCUCGUGUGCUGGGGUCAUGAAACAACACACUCGUCAGCUGUGGUUCGCUGUACACUGGAGAAAUAAAGAUGUACUAUUCAGUUUUCCCUACAUGAAUUAAAUCAGUAAUAAACGUUUUAAAGAAAUAAAUAUUUGACACAUAAUGA